ACAGCUGUUAUCACGAAAACAAGAAAUAUGAAAUCGAAUUCGUUUUCCACACGAAUUCUGAUGGAACGUGUGAAAAAAGCGUAAAAAACAGUGAAUAGUUUGCUGUUUUAAUACGAUUUAUUCAUAUUUCUCCACUUUAUAUGGAAGUAAUUCGUAUAGUGCUAAAGUAAAGUGACAUUGUCAGAAAAGUCGUUCAUAAUUAUUUAUGAUUAUUUAAAGUUGGUGCAUAAUCGGGUACGGAAGCAAACUAAAUAGCAACAACUCGAACAGUAUUGCCGAUCAGCCGACGUGUGUGUACAUUUGUGCUGGCUGCUGCCAUUUUUCUGUACGUAUAUUUGUUGUUGGUCGCCUUGUGUUGCUCGCAGUUCGUUGGUUCGACAUUCCAAGAAAAAAGCAGGUUGGCAAAAAUCAUAUAAAAAUAUCUAUCCUUAAUCGAAUUGACCACACCUAAUCGGCCCUAUAUUAAUAAUAAACAAAAUUUCACAAAGGGAUUGAACGAAAUAAUUGUUUAUUUGUCAUCUUUCCCCGUUGUAUAUAAUCGAAAGGCGUGUUUCAACGAUACUUGAAAACGAAAAUCGAUUUCGUUUUCGGGCUCGUGUUCUGUGAAAAGUUCGCCAGCACGUCAGCCCAUUCAGGAAAAACUGGGAGUAAAACUAAAAUAAAUAAGAAAUAUGGAAAAAUUGAAAAUAAAAACUAUAGGCGUACUACGUGAACGCGAAGGUAUUGUAAAUGAUAAUGGAAAUGGCGUAUGUCGUGUGAUGACUCUUACAACUGCAAUUACGGAUAGUGUCGGUGGUAAUGUUGCUAUUGUUGGCCAAGGAGAAGAUGUGAAAGACGAUGGUGGUGGAGGGGGUGGAAAUUAUGCACCAACUAACCGAAACACUACUGCGUCAACACUUGCUCGACAAUUACCAAAAAUGUCUGCUUUGGACUUGGCCGGAAUAUUGAAUUGUAAACGACGAUUGGAGUGGACAAAGGAAUGGCUGAAGAAAAAUCAAGCUGAAUUGCUAAGCAAAGAAAACCUACGAAAAGAAAUACUUUUCCGAAGUAAUGAAAUAUAUCACUUCAAUUGCUUCUUCAACAUAACAGAAAGACAGUUUCGUUAUUUGGUGACAAAACUAUCUCCAGUUAUAAGUUCCUAUGAACCACAUCGAAAGAAGAAAUCAUUCAGUGCAGAAGAGCGAAUUGCUAUUACACUUAAGUAUUUGGCAACGGGUGAAGUACAUUCGUGUCGUAACUAUUGCUUCCGUGCCUCGAAACCUGUGAUACUAAAAAUGAUAGCCAACAUAUGCCUCAAUAUAUACGAAUUACUCAAGGACCCAUUUGUAUCACUACCAAAGACUGAUGAGCAAUGGCAAAACGUGGCGAACGAGUUUCAACGCAAACACCGUGUGCUGAAUUGCGCUGGCAAUUUGUCCAUGCAACAAAUCAGAUUCCAUUCUUCAUCGCGGGCCGAGGAGCAAAAAGACUUUAUCAACAAACAACCACUCAUAUUCACAUCAAUAGUAGAUAUUAAUGAUAACUUUCUUUAUAUCGAUGUCGAGAAGACUCAGGCGGAAGCUUUCGACGAUAUUUAUGAGAAGUCCACAUUUAGACAGUUAAUUGAAAAUGAGGUUAAACUGCCAGUGAGUUACGAAGCACAAGAUGACAUUAGUCAAUCAUACUAUUUUGCAAGUAAAUCUGGUUUGCCCUUGAAGCCUUAUCUCUUGAGCGGACCAACCGAUGUGCCAAAUAACUCGCGAGUUAAUUACAACAAUGUCAUGAGUAUGGUAAAUAAGCAUACCGAAAAUGCAUUCCGUAUGCUGGCUAAUAUAUUUCCCAUAUUAUCACAACCUCUGCGGAUUGAUGAGGAAAAUGGUCGUAAAAUUAUACUCGGCUGUGUGGCGUUGUAUAACUUCCUCCGAAAAACAGACCGUGGAUUCUUUACGCAGACGAAAAAUAUAGCAUUACGAAAUGAUUGGGUGGACGAUGAUUGCAUACUGAUAGCAAGUGAAGAGGAGCAUGGCUUUAAUGAAGACUACACUCCAAAAGUUACAAUGACUAAUUGUUUUCAAAAUUUACAUAACCAGAAAGGGGACUCACUAUUGGGUGCAGCCAAAAGAGAUCAUGUAAUAAAACGUUUAGACGAAAUAUGUGGAAAAAUACAGUAAGAACACACAUUAAAACCAAAAUAGACAUAGUAGUAGUAAUGCGUAAGAGACAACGAAAGCUACGCAAAAAUGUGAUUCCACUAAAUUAAAAGUAAAAGACGGUAGAGUAUUACUUCUAUAGUUUUUGUCUUGAUUAGAUAUGCAGCAUUGUACUGGAGGAUUAGCCUAUAAAUUACACAUAUACAGAUACAAGUAGCUCGAAUCUAAUGUGUAAAAUACGGGUAAAAUAAGUGUGAAAAUCAGCUGCAUUGUACAUAGUUUGCCAUUUGGAUGUAACUACAUUUUAAUUUAUUUAAUAAGCAGGCAAUUUUACUUUCAGCACUUUUAGAAAAUACAUACUUACGUUUGUUGAAAUACAUAUAAUUUUAUUUAAGAGAACCGUUAAAUAGAAACGGCAGAUUUUUUUCUUUUCUUUUGUUAUAAUUAAUUAAUGCCAAGAUGUACGCAAUUACAUUUACUGAAUUUUCCAAUAGAAAUGUGAAAAUAAAAUUAAAAUAAAACGUUGGCAAUAACUGGCAUGAAACCGA